AUGAAAGACUUAAUCUUUACUUAGUUUAGCUGGAUUACUACAUAGAAGAGGAGUUAGAUAAAGGAUUUGUAUUUACAGAGAAGCUUUAGUUAGAUUCUUCAUUUAGAUGGGAUUCGCUCUCUGAAAUAACUCCUUAAUUUAUUUUGUUUUGGAGAACAGGGCAAGAAAUUACUUUGGAGUUAUUUACAUCCUUCUUAACAUCUUUAGACUUAGAGCUUUUGUUAAGAAGCUUCUAUUUUUACUACUUUAAAGUAGGCUUUUUAUGAAUAGCCUUUCCUUUCCUCAAAGCGUAAGGUUUAUUUUCAAUGCCAGACUAUUAAAGCGAGUGGCUCUUAUUUUUAUCACUUGUCAUUUUUAGUAAAUAAUUUAAAUAUUCAGUAUAUAAGAAAGCUGUAAGAGUGUAUCUUCAACUUAAAUAAAUGA